GAUCUGUGAGGGACACUUACACAUAUUGUGAUUCCCCAGGAGAAGGAGGCAAGAGACAAGCAAUGGAGGGAAUGGGUUGAGGGGUGAGGGACAGCAGAUAUUUGGGGGGAUCUCUCGGCGCGUGUGGGAGACAAACAGGUAAAUGUAGUGGGCGGAGCCAGAGGUGUGAGGAGAGAGAAAGGCGCGCGCUCCUUGUCUCUCACACACUCGCUCUCAUUGCGGAGUCAGGGGCUUCCACCAGUAGCUCUACAGCCUAUUCCAUUCAACUCUAGUGCCGGGGGGAUAAUACGAGUCUCCUCACACCAUUAGUCUGUGCCACCGGCUCAGCAUCACCCCCUCCUCCUUCCAACCCACUCCCUCCUCCUCCCUCUCUCUGUUCUGGGAAACGAGAAAACAGGGAAAGAAAAGCGGGAGAGGGGCGGGGCCGAGGCACAGAGAGAGGCUGAAUACACUGGGGGCGGGAACAAACGCGUGCUCUGAGGAAAGAGGGAGGAGCCGGAGGGAAAAUUGUCUGUCAGGUGAAAAUCGCACCGACGCGCGACUCUGGACACCGAGACACGGACACUGUGCGGCUGGAGGGAGAGUCACGGGGGACACGAGUCUGUCCUAUAAAACGUCCCCUGACUGAGCCUGUGUCCGGGGAAGCCCCAUCUCUCCCCUCUCUGUGGGAAUCUUUAUCCUUUGCGCCUUGUCUCGGGGGUGAGGAGGAGGGGGAGGAGGAGCCGAUAGACUAAACGUUUCUAUUGGACAAGGAGCCACGACACCCCCUGAAAUAUUUGCCCUUGUGCCAUUAUUUCCAUGCUGAGGGGACCCCCAUUUUCCUGUGGUCUCCCCACUCCCCCCUGUAGGGCCCCAGCAAGUUGCAUCUUUUAUUAGGCCUUAUCCAUCUUGGGGGGGCUCUGCCCCCUCGCCGUCGACCCCGGCAAAAUGAAACCUCUGGAAAAAUUCUUGAAAAAGCAAAGCUCUCAUCUGUCCGGACCCCGACACCUGCACAGGCGGCAGAGCGUCUCCAAAAUCCUCCCUUCUUUCCUGAGGGACACUCCCGGGGACUCGUCUGAAGGAGAACGAUGUGCAGAAGAUCCAUCAGGUGGACCACCGCCCCCACCGACAUCCCACGACUGUCUCGACCUGCCAGAUGGACUUCGUUCCCCUCUUUCUUUUUCUUCAGAUGAACUGUCUCCCUCUGAACCCCUCACCCCACCACCAGGGUCUGUAGGCUGGACACUUUCUCCUCCUGGUCCCCUGCUUGCCCCUGAUACCCCUGAGGCUCUGCUGGGGAGGGUUCUGGAGCAGCUACUGAGUGCACCUAGGCUAAACGAAGCAGCAGAAUUGGCCCUGGACGACUUUAUCCUCACGCACAUGCUGUUUAUGCCGACAGACGAGCUCCUCCUCCAAUUACAGCAGUAUUUCUGCGGCUGCAGCCGAUACACGACUCCGACGUGGGAAGCGAGCGACCCUCUUCAGAAGAAGCAGGCUGUACUCUCAUCCCUUUUACACCUGCUGGAUAUUUACAAGGACGCUCUGCAGGAGGAGGAGAGGACGUUUCAGCUAAUCAAGGAUUUCUAUGUGUUGGUGAUGAGGGAUGCCCCGAAUUUCCCACAACUGGAGGGGAGCGUCAUCCGCUUGCACAGGCUUGUGGAAAGUGCCGAGCUCAGGCUUACAGAUGACAGUGCCACUCAGUGCUCAAAGCAAGUCAAACCUCUCUUCCGCCAUUUCCGCAGGAUUGACUCCUGCCUGCAGCCACGGGUAGCAUUCAGGGGUUCAGACGAGAUUUUUUGCAGGGUCUACAUGCCCGAUCACUCGUACGUUACAAUUAGGAGCCGACUUUCUGCUACGGUCUCUGAUAUCCUGAGUUCUGUUUCUGAGAAACUGCAGUAUUCUGAAGAACAGGGACAGAGAGAGGAGCCCCUCAUCUUGGUGGCUGUGACUAGUGCUGGAGACAAAGUCCUGCUGAAGCCAGAUGAUGGUUGUAUCUUCACCACUCUGGGGAUUAACAGUCACUUGUUUGCCUGCAAUCGGGAGGAGCUGCGCUCUUUGGUUCCACUGCCAGAGGAGGUGCAGCUGCCUCCAGAAGACUCCCAUAUUCACAGGAUUGAGGCAGAAGAUUUGGCCAAUCAACUGAGCUCUUUCCACUGGGAACUUUUCAGCUGUGUGCAUGAGCUGGAGUUUAUAGACUACGUGUUUCACCCAGAACGUGGGCGCAGGGAGACGGCCAAUCUGGAGCUUCUGUUGCAGCGAUGCAGUGAGGUGCAGCACUGGGUCAGUACACAGACUCUGCUCUGCGAGGGGCCAGCGCGGCGCACACAACUGCUCAAGAAAUUCAUCAAGACGGCCGCCAUCUGCAAACAGAACCAGGACCUGCUGUCCUUCUUUGCAAUUGUGAUGGGCUUGGAUAAUGGAGCUGUGAGCCGCCUGCGGGUGACGUGGGAAAAAUUGCCAGGAAAAUUUAAGAACUUGUUUCGAAAGUUUGAGAAUUUAACGGAUCCAUGCAGGAAUCACAAAUCCUACCGUGAGAUGGUGUCUCGCAUGCGGCCUCCUGUAAUUCCAUUUAUACCCCUUAUUCUGAAAGAUCUCACUUUUUUACACGAGGGCAGCAAAACCUUCAUCGACGGCCUAGUGAAUGUAGAGAAAAUGCACGCCAUUGCUGAAAAAGUCAGGACGGUGCGAAAAUACCGGAGUAACCAGCUACGGCUGGAUACAGAUGUCUCCCCGACUCAUCUGCAAAACAAAGCCUAUGUGCGCCAGUUCCAAGUCAUCGACAACCAGAACCUGCUCUUUGAGUUGUCCUACAAACUUGAGCCCAAUACCCAGUGACAGAAAUAAAAGGCAGUGGGCAAACAGUAUUCUGCAUGCAGAACCCACCAGAGACGGACCUGUGCUAUUAUGUUGAUGCUGUGUGUGCAAUGUUGUACAGUAACAUACCAGCAUCCUCUGUGUGCCCUGGAUUGUUUUUACUAAGGAUGGGAGAGCCCCCCCCUUCCCAUCUUCUGACUGCGUGACCAAUGUGUCUACCUCUUAAAGGGAGAUCAUCUGAAAAACUAAUGCUGCCACCUUAAAGGAGAAGUAAAGGCAACAAAAGUUUUUCCCCCCCAGUUUGGACUUCCCUGACCUGUUUGGCUCUUCUUUGGGUGCCUUGAUGUUUGCAACUAUCAUAUUGGAAGUCUAAGUAGUUCUUCCUCUUCAUUGGACAGCUGGUGAACUUAGCAGCAAAGCAAUUGGUCAGUUUGGUGUAACUGUCUAUGCUUCAAGCUGAGAGCAAAAGCCUUCAUCACCCUUGUCUCAAAGGAAACGGUACACUAAUAAUAUGUUCUACAUUUUCCAGCAUCAUUUGAAGAGGUGCAGAUUAGGUAUUUAUAUAGCUUUGAAGGUGGGCAGUAUUACUUGUACAUUAAGGUUACUUCUUCUGCUGGUCUUCAGUUCUCAAUGAUAUGUCGGACAUACAUCUCCCAGGAUCCUCUGCCCAUCCCCAGCUGGUUGGGUGCUACAUUACACUGGAAGCUGGCGCUGCCUAUGUUUGCUUGAGUUUUGCCAUUAAGUGAGUGCUGGAGAUUUACAGGUAGACUAUUCUUGCACUAUAGAAACGUUAUAGGAUGAUACAUGAUAUGAUAUAUAUAUAUAUAGCAAAUAUAGCAUAUAUAUAUAUAGCAGCAGGAGAAGCAGAUUGAGAAGUCUGUAUUUUGGACAAAAAUAACAGCUUGGAGUUAAGGGUUAAAAGAGAAGGUAAAGUUGAAUGAAUUAAGUGCAUUGGGGUAUUUUAUUGUAAGUAUAUGAGACAUACAGCCUGGUCUGUAAUAUUUUCUUAAUCAGGGAACUAAGGGAGGGCAAUGAGGAGAUAUAUCCCCUACGGGUCAUAGACUACAGAACACAUACAUUACACUUUAUAAAUCUAUAUAUAGAAGUAUAUACAGAGAGAAAGAGAGAAACGACUGAGCUAUAAAGCAGAAGACACAUUAUUCACACUAUGGUACACAUACGUGUGACAAUUCUUUAUAGCCAGAGGCUUGUGUUUGUGUCUAUAGAUCUGUGGAUAGAAAGCAACAUUAUUUUUACUCAUAUCUUGUUAUUUAUAAAGUGCCAACAUACACAGCGGGGAGCAAGGAAGAUGCGCUACUACACAAGCAGAUUAUCUUGCGUUUGCGUUUAUACUGCACGGAGCCUUACGCAGCCCUGCGACUGAUCUUAUGAAUUUGUGCCCAUAGUUCUGCAUUAGUGCAGCUUCACAAUGGGACAUGUUAUUAUGAGAGAAUUCUACAUUGCCAAAAUGCAACUAAAGAAGCACCAUAGGGACGCUCUAGGCUAAAGGGGCCCAUUGAGCUGUUUCUUGUUCAGCCAUGGGGGGAAAGCCACAGUCGCUAUAACUGUACUAAUACACACAUAGAAACAGGGUCCACAGGUGUGUGUGUGUGUAUAUACAGUAUACAAACACACAUAUGUACAUAGAGAUAUAAGAUGUAAGUGUACAGACAUAGUGACAGAGAGAGUCCACUGGGGAAAAACGGAACAAAUGUAAAUAAGCAGCGGUUCUGUCGGUUUUGUAUUGAAAGGGACCUUUAAAUGUUUUUAUAUCUGUAUAUUAUUUUGUUUUUUGUUUGUUUUGUAAUGGCAGAAGGUGGAACUUCAGCACUUAACAGGCAGACAGGCCUGGGGACAAACACUGGAGAGGCAAUAAAAGAAAGCACUCAGCAUUUAAAUGA